AUGAACUUCGACUCGGGCACCGCCUAUGCGGAAUCCGACGCCGACGAUGAGUACGAGAGGAGCGUCCAUACUAGUUCACCCGUCCUCGCCACCGAUUCUGAGAUCUCCCCGACCGACUCCGAUGGUCGAUCCUCUACCGAACACACGCCUACUACCUAUGGACAACCCAGUAGUGCCGACAGGUUGCCCGAAACCAUAAUAUCCGAAUGGGACGCAGACGAGUGUGCCGAUUUCAUUGCUAGUAUAGGAUUACAGCAAUAUUCAGAUCGAUUUCUUGAAAAUGAGAUUGUGGGCGAGGCCUUGGUGGCGCUGCUACACGAUGACCUCAAAGCUAUGGGAGUGGCUAGUGUUGGCCACCGCUUAACAAUACUUAAGAGCGUAUACGAUGUAAAAAAGGCACAGGAUGUUCCUAUAGAGAGCGACCAUUAUGUACCACUCUCUGCCGAUGCCGAAGCCCAAUACGCCACCGCAACCCUUAAAGACAUCAAAAACCUAGUCGAGCAGCUACGACUUCGAGAUGAAAGGAUGAGCUUCUUGGAGCAGGACUUGCGACGGAUGACCGAGGACUUUAGACGGCUACGCGAAGAUAUGCUGCCAGCCUUGCGCCUUGCUAAAGACGCGCAGCAGCCUCUACCACACGUAUCAAACAACCAAGGGGGCUACGGCUACGAGGCUUCUACGGUUUCCCCUCCCGCUCCCACCUCUGCGUCGAAUCAAUCGACCAGUGGCAUUAAACGUCAAUAUUCUACUAAGAAGAUUGUUCUUGGUACGAAUCCCAAGAGCAUAUCCCCUACUCACUUACAGACCACUCACGAGCGGCCCUCUGUAGAACAAACUCUAGACCCUGCGGGUGCUGCCGAGAGGGCCGUUAUGUCAUCAUCACUUCUGACUGCGAUGAAUGGUUCCGGCCAGGCUACGUCGCCCGGGUAUUCUCCGAAUAUACCCUCGCCCACCUCACCUCCAAAUCUAGGCAGCGCCACCCUCGGUUCCCGGUCAUACCGCUCUGACGACCGGCAAACGCCAUCUAACCGUACCACUUUCUCGGAAAGUGAAUACGGCCAUAAUUCCAAGCAGCCCAUCGCGCCGCGGCGAGGGCAGACACCAGUACCCGAGACUCCAGGCUCGAAUUCUUCAGUGGAGAUCUUUAAGUCGUUUAGGGUCAGUAUGGACGACCCUUGCUAUAAGGUCCUCCCAGCUGCUUUAAAGAAAUAUCAGAUCAACGCGCCAUGGGACCAAUACGCGCUGUAUAUUGUGUAUGGUGACCAAGAACGUUGCCUGGGUCUGCACGAGAAGCCAUUGAUCCUUUUUAAGCAAUUGGACAAGGAAGGGAAGAAACCCAUGUUCAUGUUACGGAAAACCAAUACUGCACAAGCGGACGCCGAAACACCUGGGAGCGCUGGUCUGAAUACGGGGGACUUGACAGGAGUUCAAUAUAAUCCUCCUGGUGGGAUCAUAUGA